CAAGAAAAUUAAAAUUGAUUAAGCUCUCAUUAGGGUGUUUCACAAGACAAGACUUUGGCGCACUGAAAUUUCUGUGACACAUUUCGUCGAACAGUUUGAACACGCGUCCCGACAACGCAUCGCCCCUGCAAAACAAACAAAGCCACACGUGUAGCCAGCCCUUCCUUUCUUCCUUCUCAUGCACAAACCCAUCACCUCCAUAAACCCCUACCUCGGCCACGGCCGCCGUUCCCUCCAAACCCUCCUCCGACAAAAAAUCUCAACAAAAUGUUUGGCUUCAAAUCCUACCUCAGAUUCCUCAAACCCAAUUCCUGCAGCCGCCGUCAGCUCUUCUCCACCACCCAGACGCCGCUCCAAUCCGCCGGCCCAAUGGCCAGCCUUCUCAAAACCCGAUCCGUUAUCCGGUUCAAGGGACCCGAAACCAUCAAAUUCCUCCAGGGUCUGGUCACCAACGACGUGCGGAGUCUAGACGAUCCACAACCCACCGGCGAGAACAACACCACACCAAAUAUGUCGGCGGUCGUCGCCCCGCCGGUGUACGCCGCAAUGUUAACUCCUCAAGGAAGGUUUCUUUACGAUUUCUUCCUGUACAGAGCUCCCCGCACCGAUGAAAAGCUCGACCGGACCGGGUCAGGACCCGGGCCCGACCCGGGUGAGCUUGAGAUUUACGCCGAUGUCGAAGGGUCAGUGGUCGAUGAACUCUUGGCAACAUUAAAGAGAUACCGUUUGAGGUCGAAGGUUGAUAUCGAGAGUGUCGCAGAAGAUUUUUCUUGUUGGCAGCGAUUCGGUGGGAAUAUUACGGAAGAUUCUUCUUCAUCUCAAUACGAAUCGGAAGCUAAUUCUAUUGGCUGGGGUGGUACUGUAGAUCAAUCGGGUGUUUCGUCUUCGCAAGGAAAUGGUCUCGGUUGGCAUUGGAAUAAAGAUCCGCGAUUGUCUUGCCUUGGUUAUAGAGCCAUUUUUCCGUCCAAUACAACACCACCUCUCGUAGAGGCUGAUAAAGAAACUGACGAGGGAAAUUAUCUUUUGUGGAGAUUAGAGAAGGGAGUUGCCGAGGGGCCCACAGAGAUCGCAAAAGGUUUAGUAUCAAUCACUCUUGUCGAAUGUAAAUGA